AUGAAUGAGAGUUUUGAUAGUUUUUAUGAUCUGGAUCAAUUCGAACUGGAAGAGGCUGCGCAAAUCCCGAACAAGGAUGACAUAACCGUGUGUUCUUGCAGAGGGAUGUGUCUAAAGGAGAGUGGGCGAAAUGCAUGUCCUUGUAAGACAAUGGGCCAGUAUUGCACAUCUGCUUGUCAUGCUGACAGCGAUAUUGUUUGUAUGAAUUCGAAAGAAUAUCUGGCCAGUGACUCGAGUGAGCAGUCGAGCGGUUCGGAAUUCAUUGGGGAAUUGUCGGUAAGUUCUAUUUAAUCGCGAAUUGUUUUCGGUAUGCUUUGCAAAACAUGUAAAUUUACCGUAUUUUAUAUAAUAUUCGCAGGAGACUUCAGAACAUGGCGAUCUCACUGAUCUGGACGACAAUGAAACAUUAUUUCAGCCAAGCACAUCAAGAAGAGGUGCGAGAACACGAGGCCGCCGUGUAAGAGCUCGCGGACGAGGCAGGGGAAGAAGCAGAGGAACAGAACGCAGCAGGAGUAGAGAAAAAGCGCCAAGUCGAAGAGGAAUGUCUAGGGGUAGAGGCAGAGGCAGGGGCAGAGGCAGGGGUAGAGGCAGGGGUCGUAAUACUCUUGUCCCAGAAGUCGAUCAGGAGCAAAGAUUGGUCAAUCAUGAACAGCAGUUACAGGCAUGUAUAAAUAUGUAUUAAACUGAUUCAUAUAAUAUAAACUUAUCAUGCUAUGUGCAUGUUUCUGUUUUAAAUUGUUGAUUAAUGGUUUAUAUGACUUCCAACAAGCAAAUGAUGUACCUUUUUAGAAUUUGGUUGACAAUCUUGACGUUGAAGUUUUAAGGAGGCUAGCUGCUGAGUUACUUCGAAGACAACCAGCAGUUUUUGCUGAUUUGGUAAAUGGGGAGCUACCGGAUGAGCCGCAACCUGGUGUUGAGCACCCACAACCUGACCCUGACCAACCACAACCUGCUGAAGCACCGCAACCUGCUGCAGGGGUACCAGAACCUGACCCUGAAGCACCACAACCACCUGUAGACGGACCACCAGAUUGGUGUCAUUGUGGGCACUGCCGAGUUAUGCCAACACAGGCAGAGAACAAGUGUUGCUGCCAGAGAAGAUCACAGUGUACUUCAACAUUAGACGUUUUUCAGUUGAUUGUACUGAAUGGGAAUGUGUUGGAUAUUGCCAUGAGAUAUCGUGAGGAUGUUCUUGCUUUAGACCAUCCUCGAAAUAAUGAAAACUUUAGGCACAUGGCAUACAGACAGUUUGUUUUAUGGCAGCAUGGACGUUUGGGACAAGGUAAUCGACGAGUUGUCCCCAGUUGCUGUGUCCUUGCAAUAAGGGCAAGAUAUCCAUCUCCAAAUGGAAUGUACACUGGAUACCGCCCAACGAGACUGUAGUAUUUACAGUGGCAUAUCCAGCCUGAUGAUCUAAUCCCGCCAUGCAAAUAUUGCCAUGUUUAUAAACUAUCAACACAAUAAAUUUCUAAAAAAUGAAUUAGUUGAAAUUUGCAUAGCGGGAGUAAAUAGUUGGGCUGGCUGGCUAUGCCACUGAGUAUUUAUGUAAUAUAUCUAGCCAUACCAAAAGGUCAUGCUAUGCAAAUUGUUACUCAUUUGCACUAUUCAAACCUUUAGAAAUGUAAAUAUUAUUUAGAUGCAAAUGUCUCAUUGCAAAUUAAUUUUAACUACCCUAUUUCCUGCACUGUGUGAUCUAGCAUUACAUAAUGACAUGCAUCUAAUAGUGACAAGUUGAUGCUUGUAAAAUAACAAUGCAUGGCAACCUUCAUAAAACAAAAAAUUUAAACAGAGAAGCAUCUAGACAAGGAUUGCCAUAUUUUGUUGUUAUAAUAAAUUAUCAUGUAUUAUGUAGCACAACAGCUUUGUUUUAAUCAACAGCAAAGCAUUUCAACAUUUGAUUCUUAAAUUAAAUUAGCACUACUAUUGUACAAUAUUCCUCAUGAUUCAUAUACCUUUAUUAAUAGUUUAAAUCCUUACUAUGUGCUACUCUCUUAAAAUAAAGUUUCUUUUGUUUCUAUCUAUUUACUUAAGAUUCAUUGACAAGUAAAAUCAUCUGGCGUUUGGCAGAGUAAAUGGUAAAGUUGGGGGCGUAUUGCUUGCUAACCCUAUAAGUGGCAAUGCGCCAUAUUUUAGUAUUUUACGGUCUAACGCCAGAUGAU